CCUUUAUUAUUCAAGAAGUUACUUUCCUUUGUUCAUUGUUUUUCCAACAUUUUGAAAGCAAUUAAGGAAUUCAUUAUAACAAUGUCAUGUAAAUGGCAAAUGCUACUUUCUCUUUUAACCAUUUUCAUCUUUUUCUCUAACUUCACCUAUGGAUAUGAAGGGGCAGACUCUCACUUUCAAUCAACACCUUUAUCAGAUGAAUUUAGGGAGGGAAGAAAUGAGGUAUUUGCUGAAGGUCCCAAUAUAGUUGAGGCUCCAGUGCAGAGCUCAUCGCUUAUAUUGGCUGCUGAGAGAACAUACAGAAAAGACCCUCUCAAUGGUUUUAAGAGAUAUAAUGGAGGAUGGAACAUCGAUGACCGCCAUUACUGGGCUUCUGUUGCAUAUACAGCCUUUCCGUUCUUUAUCACCGCGCUGAUCUGGUUUGUGAUCUUUGGACUUUGCUUAUUGUUCAUCUGUGUCUGCUCUCGUUGCUGCAAAAGAGAACCUUAUGGAUACUCUUCAAUGGCUUAUGCUCUCUCCCUCAUAUUCCUUGCGCUUUUUACCAUUGCUGCAAUCAUUGGAUGUGUCAUUUUGUACACAGGCCAAGAGAAGUUCCACAGCAGUACACUAAACACUUUGGAUUAUGUGGUGCAUCAGGCAAAUGUCACAGCUGAUACUCUCAUGAAUGUGUCUGUUUAUCUAGCAGCUGCCAAACAGCUCGCGGUGGAUCGAAUUUUGAUCCCUGCUAAUGUCCAAACAGAUAUUGAUUACGUUCAAACGAAGAUCACUUCUUCUGCUAGUACCCUUUCCACUAAAACAGCUGAUAAUAAGGAUAACGUAGAACACCUCAUAGAAUCAGUGAGAACGGCUCUUAUCGUUCUAUCUGUUGCUAUGCUUGCUUUGACAUUUCUUGGAUUUGUAUUCUCAAUAUUCGGCAUGCAGGUCUUUGUCUACAUCUUAGUUAUUUUCGGAUGGAUUCUCAUCACUGGGACAUUGAUUCUAUGUGGCAUAUUUCUUGUUCUCCAUAAUGUGACUGCAGAUACUUGUGUAGCAAUGGAUGAGUGGAUCCAAAACCCCACAGCUCAUACAGCUCUAGAUGAUAUAUUACCUUGUGUGGACUACGCCACAGCACAAGAAACUCUUACUAAAAGCAAAGAAGUGACUUACAACCUGGUUGAUAUCGUCAACCAGGUUAUUACAAAUGUUUCUAACAUCAACUUCUCUCCCAACUUUGCUCCUUUUUACUACAAUCAAUCAGGACCUGUGUUGCCAAUCCUUUGCAAUCUGUUUAAUCCUGACUUAACUUCUCACAACUGUGGUCCUGCUGAAGUGGACUUAAACAACGCAACUCAGGUCUUGAACAGCUAUGUUUGUCAAGUUUCUCCGAGUGGUGUUUGUGUCACGCCAGGCCGUCUGACCCCAACUCUCUACAGCCAGAUGGCUGCUGCUGUAAACAUGAGCUAUGGAUUGUAUCAAUAUGGUCCAUUCCUGGUUGACCUACAAAAUUGUGAUUUUGUUAGGCAAACUUUUGGUGACAUAUACAAUGUACAUUGUCCUGGUCUGCUGCAAUACAGCAAAAGAGUGUAUGUUGGGCUAGUGAUGGUAACUGUUGCAGUGUUACUUUCUCUUACAUUCUGGAUAAUAUACGCGAGAGAGAGGCGCCACCGCGUCUAUAAGAAAGAACAUAUAUCCAAACUUGAUGAAGGAGUUGAAGUUGAAGGGGAUAAACCUACUCAUGAAGAGUAAAAGCAAUCUGUUUCAUGUUGUGCAAUAGUACUAGCUGAGAGAUGUAUUAUUAUUAUUGUAACUUGUAUUGUUUUUUUGUAUAUACUGAAUCACUUAUGGCAGUUCAAAGAGCCUAUGGUGUAUUAAUUGUUGAAGUUCCCAAAAAGUUUUGAGGGGUUGAACUAU